AUGUCCAGCGUGCCGACUCUUGCGGCACAACGCCUCGCAGUCUUGCAUAUCGCCAAGGCCCAAACCUGGCGCGAGAACCUUUUCGCGGUACGCAGCCCAUUCCAGGACAACGAGCUCAUCCGCACUGUGGCCUGGGAGCCCGAAGACAAGCCGAAGGUGAACAUCAUGCACAUUAGCCUUCGGGGCGCAAUGUGGCCGCCUCCAGAUGGUUCGCGGUGGGCCCAUAACAUUACCCGCAUUGCAACUUUGACAGGCCUGUUGCGUUUGAUGGACAUCGGGAACUGGGCCGGAGGGAACCCUCGGAAGGAACGAUGGCUUCCAGGGGGCAUCUAA